AUGGCUAUAAGGUUCUGCAGCAAGCUGGCUUUCGAGUACUGGGAUAACACCAUUGCUGCAAAUAAACCGAACAUCGCUGACCCCCAUGAUCGUCCAACUUGGAACCCUCCCCCUCCAGGCUAUGUGGCAGUCAACUGUGAUGCGGCAUGGUAUAAGCCAGAUAUCGGUGGCCUGGGAGUAGUCAUCAGAGAUGAGAAUGGUGUAGUGAUUGGAGGAUCCACAAACAGAACUAAUUGUGGUUUCGUAGAAAUUGCUGAAGCACAGGCGGUCCGCCUCGGAGUAGUGUUGGCCUCGGAUUGUAACCUAAAAAGGGUAAGAUUUCAAUCAGAUUCCCAGUUGGUGAUAUCGGAGCUCUUAUCAUCAAAGUCACACAGAAGCUGGAAAAUCUUGCCCAUCAUUGAAGAAAUUCGCAAUAGAAGUAAGGUCUUUGAAGCUGUUACUUGGGAAUGGAUUCCCCGUGAAGCGAACAUGGUUGCACACAAUGCAACCUCGCUUGCCAUGUCGAGGGUGGAUCUUAACAGAUGGGCUGACAGGCCACCACCUUCUCUAUCCCUUGUCCUGAGAAAUGAUGGUCUUCUGUGCCCACCGUCGGCGGGGGAUUUGUAA